ACAUAUUCUCUCGCCACCCGGAAGUAAAUUACCAUUUCAAUACGUACACUUGAGAUGACAACACUGUGUAUGUGUGAGUGUCAGCUCUAAAAUGUUUACCUGUGGAUAUCUCACAUACAUUUCACUUCUGAUUCUGGUGGAUGUAGGACAGAUUCCUCGUACAGAUUCUGCUGCAGUUCUUGCUACCAACAGACGUGUUCCUGUGGAGGGUGUCAGUUUCAGCAUCACCUGUACACUAGAUGCAGCUCUGAGUGGAACUACCCUCUUCUCUAAGGAUACUUCUACCCAGGGAGGCUGCUUAUCAUCAGGCAGCUGUUCUUCUCCUGUCUCAGGAUACAACGUGACUCUGGACAGUACAUCCAGGAUCCUGACUCUAGACAUAACAUCACCAGAUCCCAUCAGAGACAGCGGGACAUGGAGAUGUACUCAUGGUACCACAUUGUCUAAUACCAUCACACUGUCACAGUUUGCAGCUGUCCUGGACUGGAGCUCUGUGACAUUCUCUCCUCAACUGACUUCUCUCCCGUCCCCCGUGACCCCACAGAACAACAUCUCCGUCACAGUGACCACCCCGUGUGUUGCCCCUGCCGCCGUCAUCACAUGGAGAUACCAACAGGGUGUGAGUGGCGUCCCUCCCAGCAGUACAUCUUCCUCCCAGGGAUCAUGUCCAUCAGGCCAGGUCCAGACAACCAACACUCUGUCUCUACAAGGAAACACAGCCAGUCUCUCUAACUACUGUUUUGUAUUUACAGGGUGUGAGUGGUGUCCCUCCCAGCAGUACAUCUUCCUCCCAGGGGUCAUGUCCAUCAGGCCAGGUCCAGACAACCAACACUCUGUCUCUACAAGGAAACACAGCCAGUCUCUCUAACUACUGUUUUGUAUUUACAGGGUGUGAGUGGUGUCCCUCCCAGCAGUACAUCUUCCUCCCAGGGGUCAUGUCCAUCAGGCCAGGUCCAGACAACCAACACUCUGUCUCUACCAGGAAACACAGCCAGUCUCUCUAACUACUGUUUUGUAUUUACAGGGUGUGAGUGGUGUCCCUCCCAGCAGUACAUCUUCCUCCCAGGGGUCAUGUCCAUCAGGCCAGGUCCAGACAACCAACACUCUGUCUCUACCAGGAAACACAGCCAGUCUCUCUAACUACUGUUUUGUAUUUACAGGGUGUGAGUGGUGUCCCUCCCAGCAGUACAUCUUCCUCCCAGGGGUCAUGUCCAUCAGGCCAGGUCCAGACAACCAACUCUCUGUCUCUGCCAGGAAACACAGCCAGUCUUUACGACAGGCAGGUGUCUCUCCAUGUCAGUGUGGAACACGACUCCUUUGACCCGCCAACGUACACAAAGUCUGUCACUUCAAAUACAAUUCAGU